AUGUCCUCAACCCAAACCCGCCUCCUCACAGCCCCCACCUCCAAACUAACCAAACAAAACCUCGUCGCCAUCCUCCGCAAAGACGCUGCCUGGCUCACCCUCCCCCCGGAAACGCGCGCACAUCUCUACGCCCUGCUGCCUGCGCCGCGCGAAGGCGAGCCCCCGCACGACGCCGACGUGCACCCCCUGCACAACACGGCCUACAAGCCGUACAUUGAGGAGGCGUUGCGCCGUUUUGGCGCGGAUUUGAGGGAGGGGAGGGAGGUGGGGAAGUGGAGGGUUGAGGCUAUGGUUGCGGGGCGGGAGAGGAGGGAGGGGAAGUUUGAGGAGUGGAGGGAGGUUUUGAGGGAGGAGUAUUGGGGGAGGCGGGGGGAGGGGGAGGAAAGUGGGAAGGGGGAGGGGGAGGUGAAUGGGCAUGGUGAUGGAGAUGAGGCUAAGGUGGAGAUCAAGGACAGUGAGGGCGAUGAGUAAUGGCCGACUGUUUUGAGGCUCGGUGGUUGUGCUAUGACGACGACCAUGAUGAAGCAGCACGGCAGUUUCCAACAUCUUCGUCUUGAACAGUGACAGGUGUGUACACUCAUGAAGAACAC